UGAGUUUUUAUACGAAACCAACGGGAAAAAUAUAAUUUCAGUUUUCGAAUUCGGCUGAAGAGUGGCCGUCAGAGAAGAGAAAUGGCCGGGACUCUGACGGCACACGAUCGCCGUGUAUUAAUGGCAGUCAAUGCCGGAGCAUCUAGCCUUUCGUUCGUUGGGUCGGGUUUCAUAGUGCUCUGCUAUGUCCUCUUUAAGGAGCUUCGCAAGUUCUCCUUCAAGCUCGUCUUCUACCUCGCCCUUUCCGACAUGCUUUGCAGUUUUUUCACCAUGGUUGGAGAUCCAUCCAAAGGAUUCUUUUGUUAUGCUCAGGGCUAUAGCGCACAUUUCUUUUGUGUGGCAUCUUUCCUAUGGACUACAACAAUAGCUUUUACACUUCACCGUACUGUUGUGAGACACAAAACAGAUGUUGAAGAUUUGGAGGCCAUGUUUCACUUGUACGUUUGGGGAACUUCACUAGUUAUGACUGUUGUACGCUCUUUUGGUAACGACCAUGGACAUUUAGGUGCAUCAUGUUGGACACAAACGGGUCGUACAGGAAAGGCAGUUCACUUUAUUACAUUUUAUAUGCCUCUCUGGGGUGCAAUUCUUUACAAUGGUUUUACGUACUUUCAAGUGAUACGAAUGCUAAACAAUGCAACCCGGAUGGCGGUAGGCAUGUCAGACCGGUCAUACCAGUUGGAUGCGAGAGUAGACAUGAAGGCUGUGAACAGGUGGGGAUACUAUCCACUCAUUUUAAUAGGAUCAUGGGCUUUUGGUACGAUCAACCGCAUUCAUGACUUUGUUGAGCCUGGCCACAAAAUCUUUUGGCUCUCAGUUCUUGAUGUAGGGACAGCUUCACUUAUGGGCCUAUUCAACUCAAUAGCUUAUGGUCUGAACUCUUCAGUACGGCGUGCAAUCUAUGAGAGGUUGGAACUGUUCUGGCCAGAGAAGCUUCGAAGAUGGUUUCCAAACAAUUCGAGGCACAGAAACCAACAGCAAGACAGCGAACUAGUAUCACUGAAAAUUCAAGAUCAGCAAUAGCAACAUGUACAUUUUGUUCACCUCUAACAGCAAGAGUUUCAAAGCUUUUCAUUAAAUUUGAAAGAGAGCCAGCUAAAAUGGAGGGACAGAAAGGAACGCUGCUCCCAGCAUUCCAUCCUGGAUUAACUUGCAACUAUGACAAUUUGAUUUCUGUCAUCUGCUACACCUUGCUUGCCCCAGGUGUGAUUAGAUAAAGGUGGAUGUCCAUGGUAGCAAUCGCAGGAUCUCCAGUUCACUACUCUUAUAAUAUAUGCCUUAGGUGCUCACUCUAGUGUUUCUCAUACUGUUUUGCUGAUCGGGAGUCCUAUGUUUGUCAUCGCCUUUGUAAGAACUCUUUAAGCGCUUGUGUAAAUGAUUUUUGUCUUUGGUGACCUUA